GACCCCCUAAAUAAUGUCACUAGUAGCAUAUUGACCAGAUAAAGUGAAUGUGUUGUAAGUGCCUGAGUGUCAUUUACGAUCAAGAGCACGCGCUGCUGCGCGCUCGCCCGCGCGCUUCAGUGUCACUGGCGCUCCGCGCGCUGAAAGCCUGCUGCUGCUGCUGCUGCUGCUGGACGGGGACUAUGGAGGAGAAACACACGGAUGAGAGCGACAAAGACCCGCAAUCAGCGUCCUACCAGAGAAGGAUGUGGAGGAAUUUCCAAGAGAAGACCAAACCGUUUUUGAGCCCCAAACUGGGGUCCGAACGACGCAGCGGGGAUAGUAAAAAAGAAAGCGGGUUAUGGAUGUUUAAAAGAAAGAAAAAACAGGUCCUGGACCGGGUCUUCUCGUCCUCGCAGCCCAAUUUGUCCUCAACUCCACCGUCUUUAGUAUGCGACAGUACCCUGUGCGAGGAGCCGGACUCCAGCGCCAGUAAAGGGCUCGGGAUCUCACCGCUGGCCGUAGCUGAUGGAGCAUCAGUCAGUAAACCGGAGAUUUCCGUAUCCGCGCACGGGAGCCCGAAGCUGCUGGUGGCUCAGCUGGCGAUGUCCCACCAGAAGAGCUCGUCCUUGGGCUCGACGUGCUUCGAGAAGCUGGUGGUGGAUUCGGCAGCAUCCAGUGAGGAUGAGCUUGCUAAAAACGCCAUUGACCUGGUAAGACUCAGAGGCAUCAAUAUUGUGGAAGCAAGUAAUGAAGAACUUCACCCCCCUUCAAAGCCAGGAAUGUAUCAACUGGACAUUGUGUUGAAGAAGGGCAAUAAUCUGGCCAUCAGGGACAGGGGAGGGACCAGUGACCCAUAUGUGAAGUUUAAGAUCGCAGGGAAGGAGGUUUUUCGCAGCAAGACAAUCCACAAGAACCUGAACCCAGUAUGGGAAGAGAAAGUCAGUCUGCUGGUGGAGAGUUUGAGAGAGCCGCUCUACGUGAAGGUCUUUGACUAUGACUUUGGGCUGCAGGAUGACUUUAUGGGCUCUGCAUAUCUCUAUUUAGAGUCCCUGGAGCACCAAAGGACCUUGGAUGUGACCAUUGAACUCAAAGAUCCCCACUAUCCCAACCAUGACUUGGGUUCACUGGAUCUGACUGUCACACUUAUUCCAAAAGAGGGAGACUUCAGGGAAACUACCAUGCUUAUGAGAAGGAGCUGGAAACGAUCCAGUAAGCAUCAGAGUCUGAGGUUAUCAGACAUUCACAGGAAGGCUCAGCUGUGGAGAGGCAUAGUUAGCAUCAGUCUCAUUGAGGCCCAUAACCUCCAGCCUAUGGACGCCAAUGGCCUCAGUGACCCUUAUGUCAAAUUCAGAAUGGGACAUCAAAAGUACAAAAGUAAGACGAUACCAAAAACACUAAACCCCCAGUGGAGAGAGCAGUUUGACUUCCACCUGUUUGAUGAACAGGGUGGUUUCAUUGACGUCACCGUCUGGGACAAAGAUGCAGGGAAGAAAGAUGACUUUAUGGGCAGUUUCAGGUGCCAGGUGGACCUCUCUCUUCUGUCAAAAGAGUGCACUCACAGACUGGACGUGCCUCUGGAUGAGGGCGAGGGUACGCUGGUGCUGCUGGUCACCCUCACAGCCUCUGCUGCUGUCUCCAUCGCUGACCUGUCUGUCAACAUAUUGGACGACCCCCGUGAGAGGAAAGAGAUUCUUCACAGAUAUAGUCUUCUCAGAUCCUUUAACAAUAUUAAAGAUGUGGGCAUGGUGCAGGUGAAGGUGAUCCGAGCGGAGGGGCUGAUGGCAGCUGAUGUUACAGGCAAGAGUGACCCCUUCUGUGUAGUGGAGCUCAGCAACGAUCGGUUACAGACGCAUACCGUGUACAAAAACCUCAACCCAGAGUGGAACAAAGUCUUCACGUUCAAUGUGAAAGACAUCCACUCAGUCUUAGAGGUGACUGUCUAUGACGAGGACAGAGACCGAAGUGCCGACUUCUUGGGCAAAGUGGCUAUACCCUUGUUAAACAUCCAAAAUGGAGAACGCAAAGCUUACGCCUUGAAAAGCAAGGAACUGACAGGGCCAACCAAAGGGGUCAUCUUUCUCGAAAUAGACGUGAUUUAUAACAUUGUAAAAGCCGGCAUGCGAACUUUGAUUCCCAUCGAGCAGAAAUACAUCGAAGAGGAGCCGCGGGUGUCCAAACAGAUGCUGCUGCAGAACUUCAACAGAAUGAGGCGCUGUAUCAUGUUCCUGAUCAAUGCUGGCUGCUAUAUCAACAGCUGCUUUGAGUGGGAGUCUCCUCAGAGGAGCAUCUGUGCCUUUCUGCUUUUCUUUGUGGUGGUGUGGAAUUUUGAGCUCUAUAUGGUCCCGCUGGUUCUCUUGAUGCUGCUGACCUGGAACUACGUUCUCAUUGCUUCAGGGAAGGACACGAGACAGGGAGAUGUGCAAGCUGUGGAGGAUUUGCUGGAGGACGAGGAGGAAGACUUCGACAGAGAUGACAAGGUGCCGGGUUCAGUCCCCUCCCAGGAUGGCCGGCUGCCUGAAAGCCAUAUCCUUGCGGAUAUUUUGGCUUCCUGGCACUUUGAGUGGAUUCGCGUGAUGGUGGACUCAGAGAGAAAGGGUUUCAUGAACAAGCUGUAUGCCAUUCAGGAUGUGUGCAUCAGUGUACAGAAUGCUCUAGAUGAAGUGGCCUCCUAUGGUGAGAGGAUAAAGAAUACUUUCAACUGGACUGUGCCUUUCCUCAGCUGGCUGGCCAUAGUGGCCCUGUGUGCGGCCACUCUCGUGGUGUACUACAUUCCUAUCAGAUACAUCGUUCUGGCCUGGGGGGUCAACAAGUUCACCAAAAAACUGCGAGACCCGUACAGCAUCGACAACAAUGAGCUGUUGGACUUCCUGUCCCGAGUGCCCUCAGACGUUCAAGUGGUGCAGUACCGAGAGCUGAAAGUGGACCCCAGUCCCAGCCCAAACAAAAGAAAGAAAAAUAACCUCGGAUAGCACGUCUCCUCGAUCGGAUGCUCUCCCAACGCCAAGGAAAAUGAGAGGACUGACCGGCAACCAGCCUCUUUCUGUCUUUCUUCCUCACUUUUUUUCUCUGUUUUAGCUGCGGCGUGGAGACUUAAAGAGCGCGGUCAGAGUGAAAACUGGACCAUUGUUAAUUACCAUCCGUCCUUUUUUGAGUUUAUUUUUUGUGGCGAGAAGAGCGGCAAAAGCUCUUGACCCCUUUUAGAGUCAAACAGUCUGGGUUAUUUGUCAGCUCUUGCCACUGGCCAGACAGCUCUAAAAGCCAAGGUGUCCUUUCACGGCAGCAAAGGGAGCCGUUCUAACCACAAAUAGCAGGAUCAGCUGAUAAUACGCCCACCUGUGCCGACACACCUCGCCUCUACAGAAGGGAAAACGACGGUGGUUAAGUUGCAGUUUGCACCCUACAAUUUGCACGCCGCAGUAACUGCCAUAUCUAAAGCUAUCCUCAGCUGUCGAGCAGCAGUUAUCAGAGUCGACAGCUGAGCCUGUUAUGGUCCGAUUUAUGGCUGUAACUAAAGUGCUCAUGGAGACAACUUAAAAAAAAAGAAAA